GGUUAGCGCCAGGUAGAGCGCGAGGGUUGCAGCGUGUGUGUGUACGUGUGUGUGAGUGUGUGUGUUGUGUCAGUCUCGGUCGAACAGGUAGCAGUACAGCAGCUGGCCAGCUGUGCCUAUGCAUGCGCGUGAGUGUGUAUAGUAACGAGUGUGUACGGCGGAGCGAGCGAGCAGGUGGACAGAUGAGCGGAGGGGUAGCAGGAUCCCCUCGUCCCUCUCUCCCGCCGCCCGUCCAUCCGGAGUGAGGAACCACAGAACGGACGCCCGUCUCUUCUCCUCUGUCCUGAUGGCCGUACUGGGAGGUGUUCUGUCGUUCCAUCUCAUCCCUCUGUCCCUCGUCUAUUUCUCCGUCUGUCCCUUCUACAGUCUCUUCUGUCUGUGAGUCACAGUCGGGGAGCUUCUCUCUUUUUAUCCUUCAUCCAUCCGUCCAUCCAUGAGUCCAUCUGUCCAGCCUCCUCAUGACCUGACACACUCUCAUCGUCUCUCUUCCCAUCCUUCCACUCUGUCUCUCUCAGUCCACCCGUUAAGCAUCUCUCAGAGCAUUUCGGAGGAGACACGGACCAACUGAUUUUCUCUUCUUUCAUCUCUCCCCUCCCCCACUCUGGAUUUUACUGACAGACCUUCCCUGGUUGACGGUUCCUCCUCCCUCUGGAAACCAACUGUGAAGGAACCACAGAGCCGCCCAACUUCACCUUCUAUUUAUAUCCAGGAGACGUGUGGGUGUGUGUGUAGGCGUGUGUGUGAGGAUAUGAGACGUGGAGUGUAUGGUCAGGCUCCACCACCAUGCUGCUUCUGAGAUGCAGGGAUGAGAGCAGGGCUGGACGUACACAAGGUUCCUCCUUCCUUCUCCACCAUGUUGGGUUAUGGUCGCUGCUGCUUGUGUCCGCCCCCUCAUGGAAAGUGGGCGCGCCCUGCGUCGUUAACCUCGGCCCUACCUCGUCCGCCCCGCCGCUCCCCCUACCAUCUGCUCCUGCUGCUGCUCCUCCUGCUGGUCUCGUAUCCAGGCUGCCAGUCGCGUCGGGACAGAGGUCCGGGGACCGGCGUGAGCAACUACAUCCCCGGGGCGUGGCCUGACCCGGGCCUCGAGCACAGACCCUGGUCCAAACAGUGGGUGGGGUCCAAGCUGCUGCAGGGCCUCACUAUAGCCGUGGUGCUGGUGGGGAACUCCAGCGAGGUCACCCUGUCCGGGACCAGGGAGGGCAAGGACGACUGGAAGGGUCAGGGGAACGAGGGCGCGGGGAUCGAGGCGCUGGGCAACGUGGAGGUGGUGAGGAUGAACGAGACCGACCCCAGCAGCAUCAUCCAGAGCGUGUGCGACCUCAUGACCCAGCACUGGCUGCAGGGGGUCGUGUUCGGAGACGACACCGAUCAGGAGGCCAUCGCCCAAAUCCUCGACUUCAUCUCCGCCCAAACCCGGACGCCCAUCCUCGGAGUCAAAGGGGGGUCGUCCAUGAUCAUGGCUGCUAAGGAUGAUCACUCGCUGUUUUUCCAGUUCGGUCCCUCUAUUGAGCAGCAGGCCUCGGUAAUGCUGAACAUCAUGGAGGAAUACGACUGGUACAUCUUCUCCAUCGUCACCACAUACUACCCCGGAUACCAGGACUUUGUCACCAAGAUCCGCAGCACCAUCGAGAACAGCUUCGUGGGCUGGGAGCUGGAGGAGGUUCUGCUGCUGGACAUGUCCGUGGACGACGGAGACUCGAAGAUCCAGAACCAGCUGAAGAAGCUGCAGAGCCCCGUCAUCCUGCUCUACUCCACCAAGGAGGAGGCCAACGUCAUCUUCGAGGUGGCGCACUCCGUCGGCCUCACCGGAUACGGCUACACCUGGAUCGUGCCAUCUCUGGUGGCGGGGGACGCCGACCACAUCCCUCCGGAGUUCCCCACAGGUAUGAUCAGCGUGUCGUACGACGAGUGGGACUACGGGCUGGAGGCGCGCGUACGCGACGCGGUGGCCGUUAUCGCCACGGCGACGUCGGCCAUGAUGAUGGAUCGAGGCCCCCACACGCUGCUGAAGUCCGAGUGUCACGGAGCGCCGGAGAAAAAAAGUCCAGGGAACACUAACGAAGUGCUCAGGUAUCUCAUGAACGUGACGUUUGAAGGACGUAACCUCUCGUUUAGUGAGGACGGCUAUCAGAUGCACCCCAAACUGGUCAUCAUCCUACUGGACAAAAACAGACAGUGGGACAGGGUGGGGAAGUGGGAGAACGGCUCUCUGGCGAUGAAGUACCACGUGUGGCCGCGGUUCGACCUAUACUCCAUGGAAAGUCGCCAUGACGACCACUUGUCAAUCGUCACACUGGAGGAGGCGCCGUUCGUCAUCGUGGAGGACGUCGACCCGCUGAGCGGUACCUGCAUGAGGAACACUGUGCCCUGCCGGAAGCAGCUGAAAAUACGUAAUCAGACGGGUGAUUCCGGUCUCUAUAUAAAACGCUGCUGUAAAGGCUUCUGCAUCGACAUCCUGAAGAAGAUCGCCAAGUCUGUGAAGUUCACCUACGACCUCUACCUGGUCACCAACGGCAAACAUGGCAAGAAGAUCAAUGGUACCUGGAACGGCAUGGUGGGAGAGGUGGUCACCAAAAAUGCUCACAUGGCCGUGGGAUCUCUCACUAUAAAUGAAGAAAGGUCAGAGGUCAUCGACUUCUCUGUGCCCUUCAUCGAGACCGGAAUCAGCGUCAUGGUCUCACGUAGCAAUGGCACUGUGUCGCCAUCAGCAUUUUUGGAGCCCUUCAGUGCAGACGUAUGGGUGAUGAUGUUCGUCAUGCUGCUGCUGGUCUGCGCCAUCGCUGUGUUCGUGUUUGAGUAUUUCAGCCCCGUGGGCUACAACCGCUGCCUGGCCGACGGUCGAGAGCCCGGCGGGCCCUCGUUCACCAUCGGAAAGGCCAUUUGGUUGCUCUGGGGUUUGGUGUUUAAUAAUUCAGUUCCUGUACAAAACCCCAAAGGAACCACCAGUAAGAUCAUGGUGUCUGUGUGGGCUUUCUUCGCUGUCAUCUUCCUCGCCAGCUACACUGCCAACCUCGCAGCCUUCAUGAUCCAGGAGGAGUACGUCGACCAGGUCUCAGGCCUCAGCGACAAGAAGUUCCAGAGGCCGAACGACUUCUCCCCUCCCUUUCGGUUCGGGACGGUGCCCAACGGCAGCACGGAGCGGAACAUCCGUAACAACUACAAGGAGAUGCACUCGUACAUGGUGAAGUUUCACCAGCGCAACGUGGACGAAGCUCUGCAGAGCCUGAAGGCCGGGAAGCUGGACGCCUUCAUCUACGACGCGGCCGUGCUGAACUACAUGGCGGGUCGAGACGAGGGCUGUAAGCUGGUGACCAUCGGUUCGGGGAAGGUCUUCGCCUCCACCGGCUACGGCAUCGCCAUCCAGAAGGACUCGGGCUGGAAGAGACACGUGGACCUGGCCAUCCUGCAGCUCUUCGGAGACGGCGAGAUGGAGGAGCUGGAGUCGCUCUGGCUGACGGGGAUCUGCCACCACGAGAAGAACGAGGUGAUGAGCAGCCAGCUGGACGUGGACAACAUGGCCGGCGUCUUCUACAUGCUGGGAGCCGCCAUGGCGCUCUCGCUCAUCACCUUCAUCGCCGAGAACGUCUUCUACACACACCUGCGCUUCUGCUUCAUGGGCGUGUGCUCGGGGAAACCUGGUUUCACCUACACCAUCAGCAGGGAAGUGUACAGCUGCAUCCACGGCGUGGAGAUCGAGGACAAGAGUUCGGCGCUGAACUCACCGUCCACCACCAUGAACAACACACACUCCAACAUCAUGCGUCUGCUGCGCACAGCCAAAAACAUGGCCACCAUGUCCGGGGCGAACGGCUCGCCCCACAGCGCGCUGGACUUCCUGCGCUGCGACUCGUCCGUCUACGACAUCAGCGAGCAGCGGCGUCACUCCGAGUGCAGGUACCUCCCCGAGAGCGCCGACAACGUCGGCUUCGGCGAUUACAUCGACCAGGUGGAGCGCACCUUCGGAAACCUGCACCGCCGCUCGGGCUCCAUCCCCGGCCACGCCCCCAGCCUGGGCUCCAGCAGCUCGCUGGACGGCACCAUGUUCGACUGCCCCGCCCUGACGCACCGGAACAUGAGCAGCUUCGACCUGCUGCAGGGACACGCCCCGCUCCCGCUGCCUGAGCCCUACCAGAGGUUCUCCUUCAAGAGCGGGAUCUCGGGCUACGUCCCCGGCUACGAGCGCUACGGCGACGGGGACGACAUGUCCGACAUCUCCACGCACACCGUCACCUACGGCAACCUGGAGAGCGACAGCAGGAAGAGGAAGCAGCACGGCGACAGUCUGAAGAAGCGCCCGGCUUCCGCCAAGUCGCGCAGAGAGAUGGACCACGCCCAGUAUGGUUACCGGCGUCGGCAGCAUCACGGCCACCACCGGUACCACAGGCAGCGCUCAGCCUCCCCGCCCCUGUCGGAACACAAAUCCAGAGGGGCGAGUGGAUCCAAGCCCUUCCUGUACCAGGACAGAGAAAGUCUUCGAGACUUCUACCUGGACCAGUUCCGCCCCAAAGAGGGCGUGCCCCAGUGGGAGCACGUGGACCUGACGGACUCUCCGAGCACGGGAGUGAUCGGGGGAGGCGCUAACUGCACCAGUCUGGUCCCCGUGGACGACUUCCUGAAGAGCAAGCCGGCGAAGGCGGAGCCUAAAGUAGGAGGAGUGGAGCGGGAGUGUCGGACCUGUCAUGCCAGCGCAGCGGGAAAUUCGCGAAUGGGCGGCCCUUACGGCGGCGCCAGCUGUGGGGCGUCGGGACUCGGGGGCGGCGCCAGUCGGCCCACGUCGGCCACCUGCAUGCGCUGCGAGGCCUGCAAGCGAUCGGGCGACCUGUACAACAUCAGCGAGGACAGCAGUCAGCUAGUACAGAUAAGUGGGCGGGGCCAGACACCGUCCCAGCGGCGCCGCGCCUUCAGCGCAAGACCCCUGCGCAGGCAGCACUCCUACGACGCCUUCAUGGACCUGCACCGGGAUGAGGAGGAGUCGAACACGCCGGCGGGACGAGAAGCGGUGGACGCCGCGGCGGGGGCAUACCUCCCCCCUCGCAGCGUCAGCCUGAAGGAGAAGGAGCGCGGCUACGAGGGCUCGUACCCUCACCUGUUCGCGUCGCCCAUCUACAGCCCCACCCAUCGCGCAAUAAGCCCCGCCCCUCACUCUCUCAGCGGAUUCCGAGUGGAGAGGGACCCCUACUUCCUGUCCAGGUCUCUGUAUCCGGACAACCCCAGUCACAACCCGUUCGCCCCCACCUUUGGGGACGACCAGUGCCUGCUGCACAGCGCCAAAACCUACUACGGCAAAAAGCAGCAGUCGCAGGGCUCCGACGCCAGGGCCGCGUCCGGGAUGCCCUCGUUCCUCCCGUCGUCUCGCUUCGCCGGGCAGCACUCGGCGCUCGGCCCGCCCCGACCCUUCAACGGCGCCAACGGCCACGUUUACGAGAAACUCUCCAGCAUCGAGUCGGACGUGUGAGCGUGGAGCGCGAAGGCGGGCGGAUUCCGUGGCUUUUAGCGCUAACGAGGAGAGAGGAACAGCCAUCUGGAGACGUGUGAAGAGCAGACGAACAGACGUGACGCUGUUCCUCCUCCUCUCCUCUCGCUCCUCUCGCUCCUGUUGCCCUGUUCACUACGAUGAAAGAACGAACAGCGA